UUGUUGUACAGUAGUGUAACGGGUUACGAUUUAUUAUGGUUGGACUUUUAUGUUGAAGGGAUGUUCUUGGCCGGCUGUGUGCAGAGUUCCGGUUCGGUUGUUUAGAAGAAAACGAGCUAGUGUGAUCGGAGAUCGUUAACGGUGUUUCUGCUGGAGUUAAGACGUGGGCUGCGGCCAACAGUAACCCGGAAUAAAGAUCCGAAACGGAAACAACAAGUUGGAGUCAUUACCAUCUCUUAGAAAAGGCAACAAAAGUGUGUUUUAUAGGUGUGGUGGCUUUUGCUGAGCCGUGGCGGUGCGACACGAACUAGUUUAGCCCAACAGAAAGGCCCCGCGGCUGGCUGGACCCAGCUCGACACAGCAGCAGAGCGAGUCCACAUCCAGAAGGCUGGAGCCGUGUUUCACUGACAGGCUGUCAGACUAACGCCCUGAUGAGCUCAGCUGGGACACACUGGUCUGAUGUUUAGAACGCUCAGAUGUUGGAGCUUCACGUCACCUACUGAGGAGCACCAGUAAAGAGACGGCGUCUGGACCAGACCAAAUUUUCUUUAACUCGUGAGAGCAGCGCACCGCACAGAAGCCGGCUCCUUCGCACACGGGGAAAACGGCAGUACUGGUGUUUCAAAUUUAAGGAAGAAGGAAGAGCUCCUGAAGAACUGAGGCCUCCUUUGAAGCAGAAGGACAUGGAGCCCCUCAACAUGAAGCAGGAAGAGGAGGAGCAGCUUGAUGAGAUUAAAACUGAUGCCACCAACAUUCCAUUCUCUGCAGUUUCUCAUCAGGUUAAGGAAGAAGGAAGAGAAGUUCUGUUGUCACAGUUUGAUCAGAACCAACCUAAAGACAGAGAUCUUCCAACCAGCAGCACCACUGACCAGAUGAAAGCAGAAAGUGGUAGAGAGGACUGUGGAGGAGCAGAAACUACCAGGAAUCCAGAUCUAAAUCUUUAUGAAUAUGAUUCUAACUCUUCAGAGACUGAAGUCAGCAACGAUGAAGAUGAUGACCAGGAUGGCAACAAUUCUGACUGUCAACUGAAACUCUUGUCAGAUUCUGAGCCAAACACCAAAGAUCAUAACAAAGACCGGAAGGAGAGCAGGUCUUCUAAAUCACAUGUUAAGGCUGUCAAAUCUUUCAGCUGCCCAGAGUGUGGUGAACAGUUUCUCCAUGAGCGGUCUCUCCAGAAACACAUGAGAGUGACAAGUCAUUCAGGACUGAAGUCUUCAAGCUGUUGUGUUGAUAAGAAAUGUGUUAGGGUGAAGCAAAAUGUAGACUCUAGCAGGAAAGUUCAGAAAAAAAUAAAAUCAUUUAGUUGUGACAACUGUGGAAAAAGUUUCAGCCACUUAUCACAUUUAAACAUUCACAUGAGAGUCCACACAGGACAGAAGCCUUUUGCUUGUGAGCUCUGUGGACAAAGUUUUAGUGUAAAGUCAAGUUUAAACAGUCACAUGAGAGUCCACACAGGACAGAAGCCUUUUGUUUGUGAGCUUUGUGGUCAAAGGUUUACCCAAAAGGUACAUUUAGACUCUCACAUGAGAGUCCACACAGGACAGAAGCCUUUUGCUUGUGAGCUCUGUGGACAAAGGUUUACCCAAAAGGGAAGUUUAGACUCUCACACGAGAGUCCACACAGGAGAGAAGCCUUUUGCUUGUGAGCUCUGUGAAAAAAGAUUUAGUGUAAAGUCAAGUUUAAGCAGUCACAUGAGAGUUCACACAGGACAGAAGCCUUUUGCUUGUGAGCUCUGUGAAAAAAGAUUUUGUGUAAAGUCAAGUUUAAACAGUCACAUGAGAGUUCACACAGGACAGAAGCCUUUUGCUUGUGAGCUCUGUGGACAAAGAUUUUUCCAAAAGGACCAUUUAGACACUCACAUGAGACUCCACACAGGAGAGAAGCCUUUUGCUUGUGAGCUGUGUGAAAAAAGAUUUACCCAAAAAGGACAUUUAAACACUCACAUGAGUGUUCACACAGGACAGAAGCCUUUUGCUUGUGAGUUCUGUGGACAAAGAUUUACCCAAAAAGGACAUUUAAACACUCACAUGUUUGUUCACACAGGACAGAAGCCUUUUGCUUGUGAGCUCUGUGGACAAAGAUUUACACAAAAGGGAACUUUAGACACACACACUAGAGUCCACACAGGACAGAAGCCUUUUGCUUGUGAACUCUGCGAACAAAGAUUUGCUGAAAAGAGAAGUUUAAACUUUCACAUGAGAGUCCACACAGGACAGAAUUAAUGAACAUACAUAAAAUAUAUAUUUUGGGACUUCUGAGGGUGUUGAUUGAAAAGUACUACUGAUCUGGAAACUCUUUUAACUAAAAUGAAAGGCAGCAGUUUUAGUAGAUGUUUUGUUUUUGGGGAAGAAAAGGUUGAAAAUAAAAUGUUUUUUUGCCACUGAAGUGUUUUAUUAAAUCUCUUUGAUCACUAUUCUGUUUGUUGUUCGCUGUUUCUGGAGUUUAAACGCAAAUGCUGAUGUUUUGCAAAGUGACAAGGCUCACCAUCAAAGUCACCAGAUUAAUCCACUCGUGUAAUUAUCUGUCAUGCAAAUAAACCUGAUCAAAAAUGAA